AAUCAUUGAUGACUGAUGGCAUCCAUGGGCAACAUUGCAACCGUCUUUCAGUCAGGGAAAGGAGAAGAGUUCAGGUAUCCUGCUCUGUACUACAACGACAAUGAGGAAAAACUUUUUGCCUUUGCAGAGAAGCGGACAACCGCAACAGAUGCUACCUCAAUGCUGGUCAUGAGGACAGGAAUAGUGGACACUAAUGACGCCACUAAAAUGAAGGAAGUGAAGAUGUUUGAGGCUGAAGAAGUAGUAGGAGUAACAAAAAUAAACAACUCUACAUAUCGUCCGAUGAACCCCUGUGUUGUGUAUGAAAAAAACACAGAGACACUGUUCCUUUUCUUCAUCUAUGUCAAUGAGACAGAGCAGUGGCAGCUUCGGCAUCACCAGAACGUGGCCCGUCUGUGCUACAUCACAAAGAAGAUAAAUGACGACAAGUGGAGUGAAUUCACUGAUGUGACCAACGUGCUGCCUACUAAAGGCUGGUCUACGUUUGCUGUUGGUCCGGGCCACGGCAUUCAAACUGAGAAGGGCAGAAUGAUUGUUCCAGCUUAUGCUUACAAAAAGGAAAAUAACAUUCCACAUUCAUUCUACAUUUAUAGUGAUGAUAACGGAAGCACAUGGCAAUAUGGCAUGAUGCUGGAUAAACCAUCAGGAGAAUGUCAGAUGGCUGAGGUUUCUGAUGGCUUGAUCUACUGCAAUGCUCGCAGUCAGGGAGUCUAUCGAGUACAAGCACAGAUUGAUAAAAGUGGUUUCCACUCAAAAACAUCUGUUACACCCCUUGUGGAAACAGGUGAAGGCUGUCAUGGGAGUGUGGUUUCCUUCCCAGAUCAGUUUGGAGAACCAAACACCAAGUGGCUACUUUAUUCUCAUCCAACAAAUCAAAGUGAAAGACUUGAUUUGGGAAUUUAUCUGAACAACUCCCCACAAAAUUCAGAUGAAAACUGUAGUGGAGAGUGGAGCCAACCCUGGAUCAUUAACCCUGGACCCAGUGGUUACUCUGACCUGACCUACAUUGAAGGUGGCUUGUUUGCAUGUCUGAUGGAGCGUGGAGAGAAAACUUAUACUGAAGAGAUAGUAUUUCAGGUGUUCAGCUAUGAUGACAUCCAGAAAGCCAUCAAAGGAUAAAUGUGACUUUAAAAAAUGUCUCAUUUUUAUUCCACCAAAAAAAUUCUUUGCAGUGUAUUUACUCAAGUUUGCUUACAAUAUAUUUUCAAAUGUAGGUCAUAUAAAUACAAUCAGGAGUUUCAUUUUUCAGAUUACAAAGUACCUUUUGAAGACAACAACCUUUAAGCAGGUAUCAAACAACUUUUGACGAAUCCCAAAUUUCUGCAUUAAAAAGUUUUCUUUUUUUGAUCUGUUAUAUUAUAAUCUUGUUUUUAUUAGAUGUAAGCAGGAAAUCAGCAUGAUUAACAGAAAAAUUAUGACUCAAAUGCUAAAAACAUUAUAUUUUACCUUCUACAAUAAUGUAUGUAAACAAGUCUCCAUAGUUACUUUGUCUUCAUUUGGUUCUUUUCAGUUUGGUUUCAUUGUAUGGGUUAUAUUUUACUCUAUGUAGUUUUAUUUUUGUUUUAUCUUGAAAUAUCUGUUUUUAAGUGAAUCCUUAUCUAAUGACAAUUUCUAUCAUGUUUGGGACGUACAACAAAAUCAAGCUAUCUAUCUUGAAAACAUCAGUGUGUGUGUAAUCUAUGAUAUGAUUAAUUAAUUAAGUUACUGAAAUAAAUGAACUUUUCAAUUA